AUGUCUAACGUCUUCUUUCCCUUCUCUAAGGCGCCAUUGCGCACGGUCAAGGAGAUUCAGUUCGGUCUCUUUUCGCCUGAGGAUAUCAAGCGGAUGAGUGUCGUGCACGUCGAGUACCCAGAGACUAUGGACGAACAACGGCAGCGCCCUCGGACGAAAGGUGUAAAUGACCCACGCCUGGGUACGAUCGAUCGCCAGUACAAUUGUGAGACUUGCGAGGAAGGCCCGAAAGAGUGUCCCGGACACUUUGGUCACAUUGAACUCGCGUCUCCAGUGUUUCACAUUGGUUUUUUGACUAAAAUCAAAAAACUCUUGGAAACAGUCUGCCACAACUGUGGAAAAAUUAAAGCUAAUACGUCCGAUUCCAAGUUCUUGGAAGCUCUUCGCAUGCGAGACCCGAAGCGCCGUUUCGACCACAUCUGGCGACUCUCGAAGGACGUACUGAUCUGUGAGGCUGAUCCCUCAGCAGACGAUGAGGAAUACCAAAAGGAGGGUCAGAAGAAAAACUUCCACGGUGGAUGUGGCAACGCCCAGCCUACCGUUCGGAAGGAAGGAAUCACUCUUGUCGGCACAUGGAAGCCCAGCAAGAGCAUGAUGGAGGAAGAAAUGGCUCAGCCGGAGAAGAAGGUGAUCACUCCAUCUAUGGCUUUGAACAUUUUCCGAAACAUCUCCCAUGAAGAAGUGCGCAUUAUGGGUCUCAGUAACGACUACGCGCGCCCUGAGUGGAUGAUUCUUACCGUUCUUCCUGUCCCUCCUCCCACUGUCCGCCCCAGCGUUAUGAUGGGAGCUACCAGUGGCUCUCGCGGCGAGGAUGAUUUGACAUACAAGCUAGCUGAGAUUGUGCGUGCGAACCAGAAUGUUCAGCGCUGUGAACAGGAAGGUGCACCAGAACACGUUAUUCGUGAAUUCGAGUCCCUGCUGCAAUACCACAUCGCUACAUAUAUGGACAACGACAUUGCUGGCCAGCCGAAGGCUAUGCAAAAGGGCAACCGACCCGUUAAGGCUUUGCGCAGCCGUCUGAAGGGUAAGGAAGGCCGUCUGCGUCAGAACUUGAUGGGCAAGCGUGUCGACUUCUCUGCUCGUACUGUCAUUACUGGCGAUCCGAACCUGUCUCUGGAAGAAGUUGGUGUGCCGGUUUCGACUGCCAAGAUCUUGACCUAUCCGGAAGUGGUGACUCCCUACAACAUUGAGAAGUUACAGGCGUUGGUCUCGAAUGGACCAAACAUUCACCCUGGUGCGCGGUACAUUGUUCGAGACAACGGUGAGCGCAUUGAUCUUCGUCAUGCCAAGCGUGCGGGUGCCCAGCAGCUCUUAUAUGGCUGGAAAGUGGAGCGUCAUUUGGAUAACGGAGACGUUAUCCUGUUCAACCGUCAGCCCUCACUUCACAAGGAAUCUAUGAUGGGUCACCGCGUUCGCGUUAUGCCCUUCUCAACAUUCCGAAUGAACCUGUCGGUCACGUCACCCUACAACGCUGAUUUCGAUGGUGACGAGAUGAACUUGCACGUUCCCCAGAGUGAAGAGGCGCGCGCCGAGCUGUCUGAACUGGCCCUGGUCCCGAAGAACAUUGUGUCUCCCCAGCGCAAUGGUCCUCUCAUGGGUAUUGUGCAGGACAGUCUCUGCGGUAUCUACAAGCUUUGCCGUCGUGACAUCUUCCUCUGCAAGGAUCAGGUCAUGAACAUCAUGCUCUGGGUUCCUGAAUGGGAUGGUGUUAUUCCUCCACCCGCAAUCCUCAAGCCUCGUCCCCGUUGGACUGGAAAACAGAUGAUCAGUAUGGCCUUCCCGUCUGGUCUCAACCUUCUGCGUAUCGACAAGGACGGCUCGCCACUCUCCGAGAAAUUUAGUCCUCUUAAUGACGGUGGUCUGUUGAUCCAUGGCGGAGAGUUGCUGUACGGCAUGCUGUCAAAGAAGACUGUUGGUGCAAGCGGUGGUGGUGUUAUUCACACCAUUUUCAACGAGUGGGGACCCGACCAGGCCGUGCAUUUCUUCAAUGGUGCUCAGAGAAUUGUUAAUUACUGGCUUCUUCACCAUGGAUUCAGUAUCGGUAUUGGUGAUACGAUUCCUGAUCGCCGCACCAUCGAGAAGAUUGAGGAGGCUGUCCGGGAGCGGAAGAAUGAGGUCGAGCAGAUCACUGCUAGUGCUACCGAGAACACUUUGGAGGCGCUACCUGGUAUGAACGUUCGUGAGACCUUUGAGAGUAAGGUUUCCCGUGCUCUCAACAACGCCCGUGAUGAAGCUGGUGCUGCAACCGAGCAAAGUCUGAAGGAUUUGAACAACGCCAUUCAAAUGGCUCGUUCCGGUUCCAAGGGUUCCACUAUCAACAUCUCCCAGAUGACCGCCGUUGUAGGACAACAGUCUGUGGAAGGCAAGCGUAUUCCCUUUGGUUUCAAGUACCGUACCUUGCCGCAUUUCACCAAGGAUGAUUACUCUCCCGAAUCCCGUGGUUUCGUCGAGAACUCAUACCUGCGUGGUCUGACUCCCACAGAAUUCUUCUUCCACGCCAUGGCUGGUCGUGAAGGUUUGAUCGAUACUGCGGUCAAGACUGCUGAAACCGGUUAUAUUCAACGUAAGUUGGUCAAGGCCUUGGAAGAAGUCAUGGUCAAGUAUGACGGCACGGUCCGUAACUCCCUGGGCGAUAUUAUUCAAUUCAUUUACGGAGAGGAUGGUCUGGAUGGUGCACACAUUGAGAACCAGCGAGUGGACAUCAUCAAAUGCUCCGAUGAGAAGCUCCGUGAUCGCUUCCGUGUCGAUGUCAUGGACCCCGAGCGCUCUCUCGGCCCUGACGUGCUGGAGCAAGCCAAUGAGAUCGCCGGUGAUAUGGAGGUCCAGAAGUACCUGGACGAAGAAUGGGAGGCCAUUCUAAAGGAUCGUGCUUUCCUUCGCACUGUGGCUAAGGAAGACGAAGAAAUGAUGCAGCUGCCUAUUAAUAUUCAGAGAAUCCUCGAGAUGGCGAGAACUACCUUCCGCAUCCGCGAGGGUACCAUUAGCGAUCUGCACCCCGCUGAGGUUAUUCCUCAAGUCCAGGCCCUUCUGGACCGACUGGUGAUUGUUCGUGGUGAUGAUCCGAUCUCGCGUGAGGCCCAAGACAAUGCUACCCUGCUUUUCAAAGCUCAGUUGCGCAGCCGUCUGGCUUUCCGUCGACUCGUUACAGAUUACUCUCUUAACAAGCUUGCCUUCCAGCACGUCAUUGGUGCCAUCGAGAGUCGAUUCGCCCGCGCGGCGGCCAACCCUGGUGAAAUGGUUGGUGUUCUUGCAGCCCAGUCUAUUGGUGAGCCUGCCACUCAGAUGACACUGAAUACCUUCCACUUUGCUGGUGUUUCAUCCAAGAACGUUACUCUGGGUGUGCCCCGUCUUAAGGAAAUUCUGAACGUGGCUACCAAUAUCAAGACUCCGUCCAUGACUGUGUACCAAGAACCUCACCAGACUCUCAACAAGGAGGGUGCGAAGCAGUUGCGAAGUGUUGUCGAGCACACCAGCUUGCGAUCCGUUACUGAAGCGACAGAGAUUUACUAUGACCCGGAAAUUCAGUCUACUGUCAUCGAGAACGAUCGGGACAUGGUGGAGUCCUACUUCAUCAUCCCCGAGGAUGUCGGUGAGGAUCCAGCUCACCAGUCCAAGUGGCUUCUUCGUAUUAUCCUCAGUCGACCAAAGCUUCUUGAUAAAGGACUUACGGUGCAAGAAGUUGCCUCCAGAAUUAAGCAGGCCUAUCCUCGUGAUAUCGCUGUUAUUUUCAGCGAUAACAACGCCGAUGAGCAAGUCAUUCGCAUCCGUCAAAUCCAGGACCAUAAGGAUGACGAGGAUGAUGAUGUUGAGUACGAUGUGACUUUGAAGAAGCUUGAGCAGCAUCUCUUAGAUACUCUGACCCUCCGUGGUGUUCCUGGCGUGGAGCGUGCGUUUAUUAACGAGAAGACCAUUGUUCGCGUCCUCGAUGAUGGCACUUUGUUCACGAGCAAGUCGGAUCCUCUCUGCAAAGAAUGGGUUCUCGAGACCAGUGGUUCCGCCCUUGCGCCUGUUCUUGCGAUCCCUGGCGUUGACGCUACGCGUACAUACUCUAACCAGUUUAUCGAAAUUUUCGAGGUCUUCGGUAUCGAGGCCGCGCGCACUGCUGUGCUCCGUGAAUUGACCCAGGUGUUAGCCUUCGAUGGUUCCUACGUCAACCACCGUCACUUGGCCCUCCUCGUUGAUGUUAUGACCGUGCGAGGUUACCUGACCCCCGUAACUCGUCACGGUAUCAAUCGUGCUGACAACGGUGCGCUGAUGCGCUGUUCGUUCGAAGAGACUGUUGAAAUCCUUCUGGAGGCUGCCGCCUUCGGAGAGCUUGACGACUGUCGUGGCGUGUCAGAGAACCUGAUCCUUGGACAAAUGGCCCCCGCUGGAACGGGCGAGUUCGAUGUUUACCUAGAUCAGAACCUGCUGAACACGGUUGUGUCAAACAACGCUCGCUUCGGACUCAUGGGCGGUGUUGGUGCCAAGGAUGCCAUCAUCUCCGAUGGCGCUGCCACCCAGUACGACACUGCAUCACCCAUGGCCAGCUCUCCAUAUUUGGCCGAUGGCGACCCAGACUCUGCCUUCUCGCCUAUUCGCCAGCCCGGUUCCGAGUCUCCUGGCGGAAUUAGCAAAUAUCAGCCCAAUGAUUAUGGCUUUGGUGGAUUGAGUCCUGGCGGCGGCCGCAGCCCUGGUGCCUUCUCGCCCAGCAGCCCGUUCAACACCAGUCCCACAUCUCCCGGGUACUCUCCUACCUCGAGCUAUUCUCCCACGUCUCCUGGUAUGAGUAUGGCGAUGACUUCCCCUGGUUUCUCUCCAAACACGAGCCCGUCGUUCGCCCCGACUUCUCCAGCUUAUUCGCCGACGUCGCCAGCUUAUGGACAAGCGUCUCCUACGUCUCCUUCGUACUCGCCUACGUCUCCUGGGUUCUCGCCAACUUCGCCCAAUUAUAGCCCCACGUCCCCCAGCUUUAGUCCGGCCUCGCCAGCCUUUAGCCCGACGUCUCCCAGCUACAGCCCUACCAGCCCUGCGCUUGGUGGUGGUCGGCACCUAUCACCAACAUCCCCUACAUCCCCCAAGUACACCCCCACAUCUCCUGGCUGGUCUCCUACGAGUCCCCAGUCGUAUUCCCCGACGUCUCCUAACUUCAAUGGAUCGCCGACGUCGCCUACUUCCCCUGGCUACAGCCCCACCUCCCCUGCUUACAGCCCAACGUCUCCGCGUCAGUGA